CUAGGCAUCAUACAACUGGCUGGGGCUUACGCUUAGACACCGGAAUUGGAACUGAUGUCGAAACGCGGGUCGGAACACCUAGUGCACAGGCAAGAAUGCUAACUGCGAUGCUACUCCAGUACACUCUACCGCUGCAGACCCCGAUGCUCUUGAACUGGUUCAGUAUACCCUCCAUUCCGUUCAGCAGCAUCAGCCACAGCUGCGUUGGCACGCAAUGCCAGUCCGCUUUUGCAGUCGUCAACCGAACGCAAGUUGGAGCAGUGCAAGAACCACUGAGCUGGCUGCAAAAACAUGACUACCUGCAGUGUUUCCAGCACACCAGCGCGGUUCGCCCGCUGCCUGGCAAACUUUCAAAUGGACGAGCUGCUGUUGCUGAAGAAGUCCGUGCUGAGAAUGGAGUUCCAGGACGCAGGCAGUUCUCCAACGCCAGCCAGGGAAUGUCCGGAUGUGGAGGGAUCGCAGCUCCCAGAACGUAUGGCCUUGAUGGCUGCAGAUCGGGGUGAGCACGAUACUACUGGCUCUAGUGGUUCUUGGCAAUCGACGCAUCCACAGGCCGCGACUCCUUGGGUCGAGCAGAAGCCGUCAAAGCUGCAAACCCUGUUUCAGAUUAGUAUUACAGCUUUGGCCUUUCUCUCGUUUGGCGGCUACCUGCUCUGCCUAAUUGUGCAGGCCAUCAAGAGCAAGGGCACCACCUACUUCCACCCGGUGGCUACGGCCACCACCACCUCAUCCAACGGGAGCGUGAAGCGCAUCAAGAUAUACCGCCGCAGCAAGCGCAGUUUCGUACGGUCAGGGCAUCUGCCCUCAGCUUCGCCUAUGGGGAUUCUGCUACAGCAAGACUACGCCUUCUACAUGAAAGCUGCGAGGGAUCGAAGGAGGAGCAUGCUCACCUAG